CAGUAUUCGCGAAGUCUGAUCACUUUUUUCCGUGAGGGACGUAUUAGCUUAGAGCUAAAGCUAAGCUUCUUCUUCUGUUUUUUUUCAAGGCUCUUUGAGCGUUAAGAUGCAGCCUCUCGAUCAUAUAACUUUGGCUAUCAUUGCAGUUGUUGUAGCAAUCGUGCUUUCUGCACUUCUUUUACUACUCUUUGCAACUCGCGAGGAGCGAUAUGAGGAUGUUCUCGCAGCUCAGCGCUCUGAACAAGAGGCUUACAUGGCUCGCACUGCGUCUACAAAGCCCGUGAAACAGCGGAAGAAGUUUGGAAAAGGAAAGAAAAAGUAUUCAGAUGAUGGAGAAGGACAGGAGGAGGUUUCAUCUCUCCAAGUGGAGGAAACGAUCGAAUCGAAUGUGGAGAUAUCGAGAUCAAGUAACCUUGAUACUAUGCCUGAUGAUGAAUUCCUUCCCGAUCGUCCUGAAGAAAAGAUUCCCGCAACCGAAGAGAAGCCUGGCUCUGGAACUGCAAAAGACCGGCAAGGGAAAAAGAAGGCGAAGAAAGCUGUAGUAAAAGAAGACACGAGUUCCGUGACCGAGCGACAUGUAAUUCUCGACAAACCACGUGAGGUGGCUGAAGAAAUGGUCUCCGAAGUUGUUGAUUCUACAGUCGAAAGCGAACCUGAUAAACCCGAGGAUUUCGAAAAUGAGCAGCCGAAACCCCUGAACAGCAGUGAAACAGCAGCUCCCGCGAAGAAGUCUAAAAGCAAACCCAAAACAACAAAAGAUAGGGACCCCUUUCAAGGUGAGCAGAAAUUUUAGUGAGAUAUCGUAAUAUAUUUCCUCCUGGUCAAAAUUAUUUGCGCUACUUUCCAAAAGCUUGCUCUGGUUUGGGGAAGAAAUACAACAAAGAAUGAAAUAAUUACAUCUGCUUAAAUAAAAUUCGUGCCGUCCUGACAGUGGAACAUAAAGACCUUUGUAAUCGACCAAUAGUCUGAAUUUAAAUCAAAGUUGUACACUUCAGCGGGAUAAAAGUCAACGUGGCAAAUAGAGAAAAUUGUAGUACAACAUUCUUUUUCAAUGGAUCUUAAUUGCAUACAUUUGGUUAAAUAGACCAAGAUCGCUUAUAGUGGCUUGGAAAAGUUAAUGGAUCGCUCGUAAGAAAUGGAAAAUGGAAGGAAAAUGUUUCUUGAAUAGCUAUUAUAUUUGAAUGUUGUUUAAAUUAUUCAAUCAAAUCGUUGUAAUGUUUUUCCUGUGUUAUGCUGUGCUGAUAUGUUGUAGUGGUGCGGAGUCUGUUUACAUGUUUAUUUCUGAAAAAAGAAAAUUUUCUUUCGUUUUCAUUGAACGACGUUUCAAAGUAAGCGUGACAGAACAUCAUUUUCUCGGACACUUAGGGUUUUGUACUGGCCAAAUUUAAAUACCUCAUGACUUGUUCAAUUUCGUGUUUCUUUCUUAGUCGAAAUUUUAGUUCCACAUAAUCAUGCAUAAGAACGCGCCAAUUACAUUUUGUGAACCCAUUUUUUUCCCCAUAAAUAUUCUGUCUGGAUCUUAGAAUUUGGUUAUAAAUUCACUUAAACGAAAUUACUCUCAAUAAAAUGAAAAUAGACGUUGGUUUACACAGUAUUUUGAGAACUGAAAGUGUUUUAUUGAUUUACAUAUAGGCGAAAGGUAUUCAAUGAAUAAUGAUUCGUCUGGCGGUUGUAAAUACGACUCAAUAUAAAACUUCUCCUAAUGCCUUCUCAUUACUACAUGUAAACACAAAACAAAAUUUAAAUUUUAUUGUUUCACCAAAAAACUGCACAGCUCAUGAGAUACUGAUUUUUAGCCUUUUUGUUAAGUUUUGGAAUUUAUGCUCUAAUUUAAAUUUCCUAAUGACAUAAGACCACCAAUUGCUACCCUGACACCCUCUAAUCAAUUCAUAAUAAAUAAUUGGUCGUAUUUUCGGUUUCUUUUAGGAAACCAAAAAUAUUCGACAUUCUUGAGUGGGUUGUUUAUUUUGUUGAAAAACAGGAUGUAAGGCCAAUGUUUUUUUCUUCUUGUGACAAACCGGACCACCUUAGUAGUUUGAGUGAAUUUUGAUAACUCCAAUGUGGUAGCUGCAAGAUUUCUCUGUAUCUCAGUUGUUAUUGUAUUUUGAUAUAGUAGGUAUCAUGCAUUUUGUGAUUUGAUGGACUACAAGUGCUAUGGCUGCAACAAUGACUUCAGCCCUAAACAAUAAUCCUUUUGAGGACCUCUUGACCUGUUAUAAAUAGUGAAAAAUUUACAUGUUAAAACUUUUGAGGUUAUCUUAGUUUGUAAUGUGUAGUUGGUUAAAAGUAAAAGCCUUUACUAUUAUAUAAAUUUUAAAACUUGUAGUUUGUUGAAACAGAGUAGAUUUGUUGACAAGUUUAUAUCAGAUUUUCUAAUUUAUUUGUCUUUUCUCCUCAUUUAGGUGAGGUGAGUACUAAACGCCUCAUGGAAAUGGUGACAGCUUCAAACCUGAACUCAACUGAAAUUCAAUCUUUGAUUGAUGUUCUGCUCAACAAGCAAGGAGAAAAUAGUCAGUGGAAGAAGGUAGGGAAGUUAGCAGUUAUGCCUCCAACAACUAAUGGCAGGCAGCCCAAGUAGCUCCCUUCCCUCUUUCAAUACUGUAAGAUCACAUAAAACAAAGUGUGCUAUUGUAAAGAGGGAGAAGUGGUGAAGAUAAGGGUAUCAGGAGUAAAUUUAGCCUGCUAUUGCUGUCACUAUGGUUGUAUUUUAAUAGCGGAGCUUGCAGAGGGUAGCCCAUAAUUAUACAAAAUAGUAGUAACCCAUCAAGCCAAAAAUAUUUGGAUGUACGACCAUACAAGGUGCUACUUUUAACAUGCGUGGUCAACUGUACUGCAGGCACAUCAAUGCCACAGCUUUGUUCAGUAGUCCAGUGGUUAGUGUACUGGGCUCCAAGUCAGACAACCCAAGUGCUAGUCCAGGCUGGGGCAAGGUGUUGAGACGUGUGGGGAAAAAAAAAUGCAAGCUCCACUUUUAGGCUUGGCUAAAUCUAUAUUUUAAUUUUGUUGGUGAUUGUAGGCUACAACCUUAGGUCACAAGGUGAAAGUUACUUUAUAACCCAAAACAGAUGCAUCAGUUUUCCUAAGUAUGACAGUGAUAGAUAAUUCAGUUUUGAUUUUCUGAACUAGCAUUUAGAUUGAAUAUGAAUUAUUAUUGUGUAUAUUUCUAUGUAUUUUCUAAUAUAACAGUGAUCUUUUUCUUAAUAGUCAUCUUCCAAAGGUGAUACAUUGGAGUUGUUGAAGAAACAGCUUCAGGAAAAAGAGACCCAGAUAUCAGAAGGUGUGUAAGAUCUGAAGUCAUUUAAUUAUACAGGUGUUUAGCAUAAUCCAUCCUGGAAAAUUUAGAACUUCUGGAGUUCUUUUUAAGGAAGGAAAUCAGUAUUUAAAGGAUUUCAGUCAGUCAUGUUCCCAUUCUCUUAGCUACAGAUGCCUUCAUAAUGUAGUUCUGUGGUUAUACGCAUGGGAUAGAAAGAUAGAUCUGAUUUUCAGUUUGGAAGCCAGAAUGCUUCUAUGAACUUCCAAUUACUGAUAACUCAGACACUCUUCAAUGGGUUUACUUAACAGUUUCUCUAUCAGCAAAAAUAUUUGUGAGCAUCAGUUUUUUAACAUAUUUUGUACUGACCUGAAGUUAACCAAUUUUGAACUUCCUAUAAAAGUCGAGUAGAGUAGUGAGCUGGUGUAUUAAAUGCUGCACAUGAAGGUGAUUCCUUCCAAAAGUUGAAAUGUUGUCCUUCAUAAAACCACAAUGCAUUCUUAAAGUUACAAACUAAGCGAUGUCAUCCUUUUUUUUUUUUUAGAGCGUCAACAAUCUCAGAAUGCUGCUAAUAAGCUAAGGGAGUUGAGGUAAGGACAACGUUCAGACCUGUUCAAGUUCAAUAUUGCGAAUUUUAAACUCCCUGUAGCUGGUACUCUUCUUAGCCAACAGCACUGAUACCUAUACAUACCUGUAUUUUGUAAUUUGUACCAGAAGUGUAUAUGCUAUUGAUAGUGAGGCCUAGUGAAGGGUUAAAAUGGCAAGAGACACAAUUCUGAAACAUAGCAGUACAGAACUUUCUAAUUGGCCUACGAGAAUAAGUAUGCAAUAUUAAAUUUUUACAACAAUGUAAGAAGUACCCAAAGAAACAGAGAUUGAGCAUAUCAUUGAGACAGAGUGAUAGAAAUGGGUUUGAUUUUUUCAUUGUAAUUGUUAUUGAAGUGCAUGUGCUUUUGGGGUAAUCUCUGAAAAACCUAUUGCCAACAGACCCCAAUUAUUUCAAGACACUCUUAUAUAAGAAGUAAGCCACUAAAUUAUUACUGUAAAUUUAUCUUGGGGGAUGACCACAAAUUUUGGCCUUAUUAGGGUGCUUAUAAUUUAAUGUCCAUGGCAUGGGCUUUCGUCUUUUGUUUAGAAGGUUUGUAAGGUCUAUACGAAAUUGGAACAAAUGAACAGAUUCGUAGUCUGACAGACUAGUUGGUCAAGAAACUUUGAACUGCAGUUAUUUAUGGUAUGAUAAUGUAUUUUUUUUCCCUCCAAGGGAUGAACUACAACAAGAAAAGCAAAAACUGAAGAAUCAACAAACUAAUGCAACAAGUAAAAUCAAUGCUCAGGUAAGUUGAAAUGCUCAACUGCUACCGAUAUGGAUUAAAACAGUAAAUCAUGCGAAACUUUUUGAGACUGCUGCAAUGCUGCCUGUCACAAUACCACAGCAGGGUGAGCUAAUUUAGUUAAUCAUGCAGACAUGUUGUGACUAAAACAAUCUCUCCUUACAGACCAAAGAGAUCCAAGCUCUCCAAGCUCGCAUGCAGGCUUCUCAUGAUAGCCAUGCAUUGGAGGUGCAAACUUUGCAAAGUCAGUUGCGCCAGCUGCAGGAUGUGGUGGCAUCUUCGUCUGUGGGUAAUGUUCAACGCCUUCAAGAGGUAAAGAUGUCUUUUAUUUCUUUCUUCUACCCAUCAACUUUUAAAGCCAUUUCCCUUUGUAAGUGAUAUUCUAUUCUCUCAGGCAUAUACUCACCUCCCCUUCAUUAUUCAGUACCAUGGUCUACUUAGAUUAUAUGUCACAAAUUCACUCUAUGUAUCUCGCUCUCUCCACUAUUUACUAGAACUUAGUCUCUCCACCCUCACUUUGUUUUGUCUCCCUUCCCCACCCCACUAUAUACCUUUUUCUCCCACCCUCCCCUGUCCUAUUCUCCCACUUGUUGUCACCCCUCUCUUGCCCCUAGCAAAUUAUGUAUUAUCCUUAGCUGACUUUUUUACAUUAUUGUAAAAAUAGGAAAAUGCUCAACUGAAGAAUGCAUCCAUGAGAGCAACACAACUGUAAGUAAAUCAAGUUCUGUUCAAGUUUAAUUGUAAUAAAUUGAAUUGGAGAGUACAUUUUUGCAGCAAAUGUCUCUGUUUGGUCAUACACCUGUUUGAUAUUCAUCUUUUUUGCUCUUCCACUCACUUGAUCUUUCUAUCCAUUCUCUUUACUGUCCUAUGGUUUUGUUUUAGAGUAUUUGUUGUUUAACAAAACAGAAUAUUCUACUUGAUAUUCUUCUUUCUUCUCAUCACCAAAGAUUGUAUUGAUGUUGUAAAGCCCCCCUAUUGAUGUUGUAAAGCCCCCCUUUACCCCUUUAUUCACUCCUGGGUGUCAAAGGCAUAAAUGAAAUGUGGGUGCAUUUUGUUAUUGGAAGGUGUAGUGGCCUGGGUUAGUGAAUUGGACCUCCACUUUGGGUUGGGUUCUUGUUCUGGCCAGUUCAUGGUGUGUGUUCUUGGCCGAGUCAAGUUGCUCUCACAAUGCCUCUUUCAACCAAAAACAGGGACUAUGUGGGGGAGGGGUGGGGAAGGGAGGUUAACCAAUACUCCUAGUCAUUUCAUCAUAAUGAAACUAGACUGACUUCAUCUUUGUCUUCUAUAUUUGGUUUUAGAACUGCAGAUAAAGAAUCUCUUACUACAGAGCUGACGAAACUACAGCAAACAUACCGUCAUGUUAAGGGAGAACUUAGUGCCAAAGUUGAUCAAUUAUCAAAGAGUGAAGAGCAAGUUCGGCAGUUGACAAUUCAUCAGAGCAGUGUGGUAAAUUGGAGAAAUUUUUAACAUAUCACUAAUAGAUGUAUUGGUUUGGGUUUUAUUGAGAGUGAUGUGUUAAAUUUGCUUCAGUCCAACCAAUUUUGUUUUCCUCUGUUGGAUAUCACUUAGCAGUGGGUGAUGUAUUUUCUUUCACAGAAAGAGGCAGAGAAUGUGUUAUCAAAGCGACUGGCUGAAGUGAAUGAAGAGCUUCAUAAGUCUCAGGCUAGAAACACUACAUUGCAGAAAGAUCUGAACUCAACAGCACAAGCUCUCAGAGCUGAAGAAGCCAAAACAUCUGACUUGAAGAAGCGCAUGAGUGACCUUUCAGCUGCUGACUCAAACCAAGCAGAUGCUCUGAACUCCUUGACCGCCAAACUUCAGGAAGCAACAGCAAGGGUUUCUGAGCUGGAAAAAAUAUGUUCUGAUGUAGAAGUUCAGUUGAAGAAAUCACAAGAAACCCAAACACAAAAAGAGAAAGAGAUACAAGUAAGUUGACACUCAAAGGAAAAUAUUUGCCUGGUUUGGCAAAACAAAAAUUUGGAUUACAUGCUCAAACCCUAAUCGUCUGUACUUUUAGACUUGUUUAGUAAAGUUACAGUUUUUUUGGUAACAUGUUUGGGUCAAUAAUAUCUGCAUUUCCUGGAAAAGUUUGGAUUUUGGGGGGGGGGGUUGCCUUGUGUUCAUAUUAUAGUAAUUCAUAACGGUGGGUUGCAGCAAUAUGUCUAAGUUUCUCAGGUGCUUGUGGUUUAAGUUCCAGUCAGUGGGUGACAAGGCUUUUUUAGUGGACUUAAUUGACAAGACUAGUUUAUACUCCACUGAAAUUAAAAGACAAAGGAAUCUAAUGGUUUUGUAUUUUACAAUUAAGGUACUUCAGGAGGAACUUAAAUUGGCAAAGGAGAGUGUGCAGACUUCUGUUGCAAAUCAUGUGAACAGUGCAGCACCUGCUGAGGUAAACAAACUUGCUACUUCAGAUUUCAGUGAACUAGUUUUAGUUCCUUAUACGAAAUUGUUCUUCAUGUGAUCCAGCCUUUGUGUAUUGAUGCUGUAAUUAUGAUUUGAUUCAUGUUUUAGAAUGGAAAAGAACCUAAUGUGUCUGCAAAGAUCCAGGAGGAUGCGUAAGUGUAAAUCAGAUAUUUUGUUUAUUGAACACUCCAGGUUUCUAGUGAAUGGUUGUAAGGGUUUUUGUGGUGCAUAAUUUGUUUGUAUUGUUGUAUUGGUGUAAGUCAGCAAUUUUUUAUUUUAAUGAAAUGUAGGCUAAAGGUCAAGGAGGAUGUCAUUGCUGAACUCCAUGGUGAUGUGAUCAAGAAAGAUGAAGAAAUUGCCAGUCUCAAGAGCCUCUUAGAUGAACAAAAGAACAAAAAUAAUGUAAGUUAAAAUGGUGCAGUAGAUGUAGUGUCGAUCCCCAGAUUGUGACCAUCUUUGGUCAGUCUUUUAGUACAGAACAGAUCACCAAGAUCAUCAAAGGAAGUGUUACCAAAAGCUGAUUAAAUAUUUGUAUUCUCCACACUGUUCUCUAUACAUUUCCUCUGGUACUGACUAGGAGAAUUUUUUUAACAAUCAAAGUUUCUUAGGUUGGUGAUCUUUUCUUUAUUCUUUUAUGAUCUCAGUGAAUUAUUCAGUAGUACUGCUGUAAGGGAAAAUUAGAUGAUGGUCACUCCAAGGGUUUUAAGGGUUGAAAUUUAACAACAAAAUGAAGAUACAGACACAUAAGACCAAAACCAUUUCCUAAGAAUCCUUGUUAGGAACUUACAAUAUCUCUUACAAUGGUGUGUUAUAUUCACUCAAGUAUUUUGACAAUGAUUAUUUUUGUUAGGCUGAUUUUUAAUUGUCUUUUCAACUAUGAUUUGUUUCACUCAUCCUGCAUCUGGUAUUCUUGAUCCUUUUACAUCUCAUCUCCAGAUUCUCCACUCUUACUUUGGAAAACCCAUGAAAGACCCAUAAGGAGAAUUUAGAUCUUAAUCCUGGGAUUAGAAGGGCAUACCCAAAGAGACCUGUUUCACUGCUGCUUAACCUUUUUUUGAUACAAUUGAGUAUUCUUUUGUAACUCAGGAGCUUCGAAAGAAGAACUGGAAGGCUAUGGAAGCCGUAAAUGAUGCCGAGAAAAAUGCUCAGGCGCAAAUUAAUAAGGCUCUUGAGGCAGCCAAGGUACCAAGACCUUCUGCCAAACACUUAUUAACAAUAUUAACAACUUCUUCUUGAUUCACAACAUGUUUUCAACAUUCUCCCAUCCAGUCAUAAACAGAUCUCAACAACAAUCUUGUGCAUGUGGUAAUAAUUAUCUCUCUAUUUAAUCAUUAACUUAACAGUCUCGUACUGUCCUUCUCUAUUCAAAGUGGAAGAUCAGACUGUUUUGGAUUAUCACAACAGCAUCAAGUCAAAAGCAAGGCCUAGCUUUGUGUCUUCCCUUUAGUAUUGCCAUAGAUCUGGCACUUUAAAUGGAAUACUUCACUCUAGUCUCAUUCCAACUAUUAUUAUUCCAGAGUCGUGAUAAAAUGUCAGGAGAAGCCUGUCUAAGGUGUCAGGUUUGCAUGUGAUGCAUAGGCUCACAUUUUCUCCUUUCUCUCUCUUCCUGUUCGUGUUUGUGAAAAUCUACAUAAAAGUUCAAUCUUAAGAUUUUCUCCCAUCAAUUUCUGGAUAUGUGUGCACAAGUUUCUCUACUUUUUGAAAUCUUUUAUGUCUGCAUGAUGCACUGCUCUUUUUCCUCUUUAUGUUGCUGGAACAGUGUUGUGUUUCAUUAAAAUGCAAACACUAAACAAUGUUAGUAACUAGUGUUGGUAGGGUUAAUUCUGGUAAACAUUUCCUGAUGUUUGUUUUGUUUAUAGGCUGCAAAUGAUGCUGUGGCUAAUGGACAGAGUGAUGUGUAAGUGAUUACAUGUACCUUCUUAUUGAAGCUGCUGUGAUUAUCUUAAACACCAGGGAGAGAUGGAAAGAUUGGAUGGAAAGAGAAUGAUUGUCUAAGUUUGUUGAAUGGAAACUUCUUAUGGUCAAAAAGGAUGUACAUUUGAUAGCAGCAUGAAAAUGAGGAACAUUUUUUUAGAAACAAUACUCAUGGAAGGGUUUGUUGCAGGGAACAAAUACAGCAGUUUGUCACUCUGUUUGUCCCAACCUUAAUGAGUAUGUUGAACAGAACAUUGUAAAAUGUUUUGAUUCCUGGUGAAAGUUGCUUCAUGAUGCCAUACACAUUCAGUUUUGCUGUCCAAGUUACUGAUAGUUUACUUGCAUCAGCUCCUUUUGAACUUAAUGAUAAAGUUUCUUCUUUAAUUUCAGUGUGAAGGAAAGAGAUGAUGCAAUAACAAAACUCAAGGAAGAGCUCAAGGAGAAAAAUGAAGAAUGUAGCAAACUAGAAAAUGCUGUACAACAACACAAGGAUAAAAAUAAUGUAAGUGUGGAUGGAAAAAGAUUUCAACCUGUUCAGUUCUCACCAGUUCUGUUAUAAAGUCUUAUUAUAAAAUAAUUCAAAUAGUAUACGCACUCUGAUUGGCCAUAAAACCAUUUUACAUGAGCGUAUGUAAACACGGUUUUCGUUCCUCGAUAAGCUGGAAACCACUCUGCUUUGCGUCAUGGUUUCCUACGCUUAUCUCGUGUUCUCCCAACCUCCCGCGUGUUUACAUCAGGCUAUGUAAACAUGGAAACCAUUUUACAUUUCUUUACUCAAAAAUACCAAGCAGUGCCAGAAAAGUAGUAUGUCAUGUGCUGUGUUUGGUUGUUAAACAUUGUACAGCCAGGGAUGUGUGCAGUUUAUUCAUUGUGAGCAAUUGUGUGUUUUAGUCUUGAAUAAGAAAAUACUUAAACCUGUAAACCAUGUUUUCCAUAUACAGAGAUGAUACAGGUUUUGUUUUAGCAUAGAACUGAACUGAUUCUCUACUACUGAUAGCAUUUGUGAGAAUGAGAUGACUCUUGUGUCCCUCUCACAUAAGUGAAUGCUUUACUCCUUCAUUUCUCUUUUGGGGUAUAUAGGAAUUACGUGAAAAGAACUGGAAGGCAAUGGAUGCAUUGUCAGAAAUGGAAAAAAGUGUAAACAGUAAAAUCAAGAGUGCUGUACAAAGUGUCAAGGUAUGUUCACCUGAAACUAUUGUUAGUAUCACCUGGCAACACUGACAUACCCAAAGAAAAAAAACAGCAACUCCUUUUUCAGCUGACAGGGGCCAAAGCCAUGAUCUACUGAAUAAAAUGUAUUGGGAAAUUCAUUUUAUGGUUGGUUUUUUUGGGGUUUUUCUUUUUUUUUUUUGUUUUUUUUGGGAACAGUGUCUGGGUUCAUGGUGACUUUAAGUGGUGUUACACAAAGGAAAAUAAAAAUCUUAUGGCAAUUGGUUUUUUUUUUGGUUAAUUUUGAAAAUCUUGCUUUAAUGUCAGUGCAAAUCUUACAACAUGAAACUAACUGUGGUUGUUGUUGAUAGGAUGAAAACAAGACUAUUUUGACUGAAGAACAAAAUGAGACAAAGGUAAUUAUAUUAUCCAUUAUUGUUGUUUUGUUUUGUUUUGUUUUGUUUUUUACUAGUGUUGAAUUAAACACUUUCAGCCAUCUGAUAAUUCAUAUUGAACAUUUGUAGGCAGUCCUUUGUAGAGUUCAUCCAAAUGUCAUGGUAGACACCACAUUGGUAAGUGAAAUAUAUCCUAAGUACCCAAAAGUAAAAUUAAUGAACUGUUUUUGCUCACUCUGCUGUAUGCUUCUAAUUUUUCUUAACCCUUUAACUCCCAGAAGUGAUCAACAUGAAACUUCUCCCUAUAAGAUCCUUACAUUAUCUAGCAAACAGGUAACGAGAAUAUUCAAACUAAUCAGGUAGAAGUUGUUCUCUUGAUCUAACACCAAGCUCUCAUAACUAAUUUACAAGGAAAUGUGUAGCAGGUAGAGGGGAGAAUUAACAAUCAGAUCAUGGGAGUCAAAGGGUUAAAAGUGUUUUGACUAGUUUGUGAGAACAAAUAGAGGUAAGAGUGGUAAUAGCAUGAGAUUAUCUUCAUAGUCUAAUGGUGGGCAUUUUUCAGUAGGAAAGAUACUUUUCUUUUGGCAUAUCCAGCCCUACAGCUAAACUGCAUUUGAAUAGACAAAUCAAAGAUUUCUGUCCAUGGGAACUCGAAAAUGGCUGUCACUAAAUAAAGGUUUAGUGCAGUGUUUAACAAGUAAUGGUAUUAACAUGUAUAUCAUAUACAUUUGUCUUCUUGUCUCUCAGGCAUACAAGAAGUGGCUUGGGGAGUUUGAAAAACAAGCAUCCAAAUCCUCUGGCGAUAGUGAAGAGGUUAGUAUUAGCUGCCUAAACUGUUGUCACCAGGUGCGUCCAUGCAGAACUUUCUGGGUCUGCAAUUGUAACUGGUUGGCCGCUAAUGCAACUGAUGAACAGAAUUUUGGUCAGUUUCUAAGCAUGCCUUCAAAAAAUGUUGUAGCAAAUGAAACCAAAAAAGUUGAUUUUGGACCCUGAUUCACCUUUAAUUUGGACAUUUAAACCUCAAAGUUAGGAAUUAUCUUGAACUUGCAAAGGUCAGUUCCCUUACUUUAAUGCUGCUGGUGUAUUUUUGUUUUCCUCUGAGUUUUUUUAUGUUUUAUCAUAGUUGGAAGAGCUUACCAAAAAGUUUGAAGAAGUACAGGCACAAAAAGACACUUUGGUAGCAGAAUGUGCUCAUUACAAAGUCACACUUCAAGAAACAGUAAGUAAUGAAUAACCAACUUCAAGAUCUAAGAUGAUCAGAUGUCUCAAAAAGACCUGAUCUAAUAAUUUAAAGAACUGUUUGGGUGGGAGGUAAGCAUCUUUUAGCUAGUCAGCCCUUUAACCCCCAGAUCAAAUUUGUCUUUCUCCUUACUGUCAACCAUACAAUUCUUAUAAUGUUAGGUCAGAGAAUUUAGUAUUGGAUCAACUAAUUAUCCCCAAAUUGAUAUUUUUCUUUAUUCUCAUCACUUAUCUGGUUAAUAUUGUAUUGAUGUUGAAAGGAGAAAUUCUGUCUCAGUCACUUAUGGGAGUUAAAGGGCAAAGGAAUAGUAUUAAUUUGGUUUGUGUGCUGUUUUGUCUCAGGAGUCCUUGCUUAGAAAGUUAGAAGACAAUGUUGAAUCUGAAAUGGACAACUGGCAAAAGAUUGUAGAACGAACUCAAAGAGAACUUAAAGAGGUAUCCAUAAAAAUGGGUUAUUAAACCUAAGCUAUCCAUAUUUUGCAACUGUGAUGUUUUGUUGGGUAAGACUUAUCUUGCACAAUGAGAUUUGUUUGAGGAGGAAAGGCAUAGGAGUGAGCUCACUUGCCUUCCGCUGGUGUGGCUGUGGUCAGGGCUCUAAAACUUCAUUUCAUUUGGAUUGAGUUCAUUUGUAGUUCUCCUCCUCAAGGGAUGACAAGGAUCCCUUGCCCUUCUCUCUGUGCAUGGAAUUACCAUUUUAGACUCCCAAUUAUUCUGAAGGCAAUGUGGAUCCACUGCUAAAUUAUCAGUGGUCAGUUCAAUAGUAAGCUUGUAAUGUUCUCAAUAUUAAAUGUUAAUAUGUUAAUGCAAUGUAAAACAUAGAAACUUAGUUUUUAUCAUGCCAUCUUGUGUUGUAGGCCAAUGAUAGAAUAUCAACAUUAGAAGGAGAUCUUCAAAAGACCACAGGAUCAGCUUCUUCUCAGCUGGACACAAUAGCAUCUUUAGAGCAACAUCUCAAGGAGGCCAGGGCUGCUGAGAGUGAAGCAAAGCAACGAUUCUCUGAAUUACAGGAACAGCUCUCAAAAUCUACAGUCUCUGAAGACAGUGACAAAAUAAGAAAUCUUGAGAAAGAACUUGAAGUGCUAAGAGCACAAGAUAGAGAACUUACUGAUACAAUUUCCAAGCUAGAAUCCACAGAAAAAGAUCUUAUAAAGUGCAAGCAGCAAAGGGAAACUUCAAUCAAAGAAAUUGCUGAACGUGAUAAUGAAUUGAAAACAGCCAAGGGUGAGCUUGCCAAGGUUCAAAGCUCAGAAGACGAACUAAAGAAGAAAGUGGCAUCACUUGAGGAGGCCUUAGCCAAGGCAAAUAAUGACCUUGGAAAAUCACAGGUGUGUUGGCAGUGCUCUGUUUUAUUUUGUUUUAUACCAGUGCAAAGCCUGCAAAUUAUACCACUGGAGGGGGGGUGUGUGUGAAUGGGGGAAUGGUUGACACAUUGUUAUUAAUUUGGCAUAAUUUGUAACGUGCUAAAACCUUUUGAUUGGAACCUUUUUUCUAACUAAUAUUUUUGGUCAAGUGAAUGGCAAGUUAUUCAUCUCCUGAGGAAUCAUAAAUUUGUAAAAAUUUACAAUUGACAAUUUCUUAACUAAGAUUUUAAGGACCUCAAGCAAAUGUGUAUGAACUUAAUUAGCCUCGAUUAAAAUGAACAUGUGACAAGCAGUGCAACAUUUUUACUUUUUUGAAAGCAAGUUAAUGUUUCCUUGAAGCAAGUUUAUUUAUCGUAAGGUUAAAUUAAAAGUAAAAUUAAGCAUUGGAUAAUAGUUUGAAUUAAACCUAUAAGAAAGGUUUAGGUUCAUGGAAAUCAAAUGGUAAAUAGGUUGCGUAAAUUAAAUCAAACAUUUAUGUUCAGGUUAUAAAGUAAUUCUUAAAAUAUCACAACAGCAUAGUAAAGCUGGCUUUUAAAGGACUCAUUAAAUGUAAUUCUAACCAUUAACCAAUAAAAUCAAAUGUAGGAAUCACUUGACAGUUUAAACAACAGCCCUGACAAGAAAAAAAAGGGACUGAAAGGAGCACUCAAUAAAGUAAAGAACAAGGUUUGUACUGAUGGACUGUGGCUUCUCUUACAGCAGGCUUGGGGUCUGGGUUGUGAAUGCCGUUCUUUAGAUAUUUGAUGGAAAUAUAUAGCUAUCAAAUUAUUAUACAUUCUUGAAUUCUGCCUAUCAAGUUUAAAUUACAAUAAUUUGCCUUUUUGCUGAGUAAUUUUUGUAAUUCUAUUUUGAACCUUGCAUCAUUUAGUAUUAUUAUUAUCAUUUAUGACUUUAAUAAAAUAUCAAAAUGUAUUCGCCAUGAUUGUAAAUUUUUUUGGUCCAAAAAUGAACUCUUUAAAGAGGAUAUUUACUUAUGAAGUUUGACAGUCGCCAGGACCUUGUGUAACUGAGGAAAGAUUUGCACAAUAUUUUUGGAAAGAAAUGUAUUUUAUUACAGUACUUAUCAAGAGUAACUAUUUCCAUAAGCAUGCCAUAAAGCAUAUAAAAAUAAAUUUAAACUGUGUUUUAAAUAAAGCCCAGGAAUGUUUGUCCUCUCUUUGAUAAGAGAAGGUUAAUUGUUAGAUCCAUAUUCAUAGUUUAUAUGACAAAUUUUGACAAGGAAUCUGCAAAGGCAUAGUGGUGUUUUCAUUUCACAAAUGUUUCUCUUCGUUUAAAGUCUCUCUCGGGGGCUGUUGGUGUUGAAUUUCAUUUUCACGUUAUGACAUCUAUUUUAUUACAGAAGGAUAAAGAGAAGGAUGACGGUAAACUUGAGGAGGUAAGGUGUUAGUUAGUUACAAUAGAGUUCUCUAAGUCUUAAAAAUAUUUAUGGAAGCUUUAAUUUUAUAAAACAAUAUGAAACGUUGCACAGGGACAACAAGGUCUUUUUUACAUGGUCAUGGAAAAUAGUUUUUGUCUGAAUUAUCUGAAAAGGGGAAGCUCGUGCGUCAAAAGCAGUGUCCACGGUAACAUGCUUUUUAUUCUGUGGGGGAUUGAAAAAGCAGUGUCUUGUUGUGUUCUUCUUCCUUCUGUUCUGUACACUGAACCCUUAUAAAGUGUGUCCAUUCUAAUGAAACCUCUAUGGCCGAAUCUCUGUAUAGAACAAUUUUCCUUUCUGUAGUUUCCAAAGUAAAAAUGUAACCGUCUUUUGUCACUCGUGUUUGUGGAAGUAUUAAAUGCUUUUUAAGUUUUGUUUUGUCUUCAUUUUGAAGAAAGGGUUUGUGAGCCUGUGUGAGUUGUUUUGGUUCUUUAUGAAGGAACAGAAACUUAAUUUGGUUUUCUUACUCUGUCCGUUUUCAUCAGGCUGAACGAAGGAUAUCUGAACAGCGAGCAGAGAUUGAUGUGAGUACCGAGUUGUACAUCAGCACAUAUUGAUAAACGCAAUUUCAGUAAGAGAACAGUAGACACUACCACAUGGCUGGGAGAUUGGGUAGCAUACUUAUUGGUGUGCUGGCCUCUUAAUUGACUCUGAAGAAUGCUCCUCUCUACCCGAUAGUUGGACCAGGUACUAGCAAAAUCUUUGAGAAAUCUGACGGAAAGCGGGGGGUGGGGAUCCUUCUACGAACUGUCAUUCCCACCCAGGGGAGAGUAGCAGCACUCCCAGACACUCUGCGUUACUGAAACAGAGAUAAGCUUUUGAAAGUGCGAGUCUCGAUGCUCUUAAGCUGACUUAUGCCCCAUUCACACCAAAGCUUAAACAUGUUUAAAAAUUGUUUUGUUAAACACAGUUUAAUUUUUUUUUUCUUCAUAGAAACUAUUUAACCGAAUAUUUUUGACUUGAAUGUAGCACAUUGGAAAUGCAAGUUAGCAAGUACUUGAAUCCAAUGGAAAAUCAAGUUUUUCAGUUCUCUGUUUAUAAUUUUCAUUCAAUGAAAACCAGUUUAACAAAACAUGUUUUGCUGGUGUGAAUGGGGUAUUAGCUUAUGUGUCUGCUGGGAGUAAACGAUACAAACACCACCGGUAAUUCCACCAAAGCGUACCGUUAUUUAAGUCUAUUGUUGUAAGGUUAUUGUAAUAUAUUUCAAGUUUAUUUUUAGUUAAGGAUAUUGAGUUGUUUGUUGAAUAUUAAAAUUGAGCUUUGGGAAUUGUUUGUUUGUUUUUUUUUAGUAAGUUAGUAUCUUAUGCUUAGUUAACGACAUGGUUGUCAUGUUUUUUCGAAGGAUCUCAAGAAUUCUAAACAAGAAUUGGAAAAGCAGCACAAAGCGUUAGAAGUUGAAUACAAAGAGUUGAAGAGACUUUCAAUUUCUGUUGAAAGCGUUAGUAUUUUCCACUUCGUUGGAGAUUUUAGCCUUUAAAAUGUGCUUAUCAAUAAUUUUGUGGGUAACUGCGGGGUCUGAAAUAGUUUGCUUUGUUUUUCCAGGAACUGGCUACAUCGCAACAGAUAGAAAAAGAUAUUUCAGAAGCAAUGAGUGAGGUAUGUUCCCUGUUUUCAGCUUAUAUUUUUUUAUGUAGGACGACUUUUAUUGGUUUCAUUUUGGGGCACUAACUUUUUGCAACUGAUACACACAAGUAAUAAACGCGACUGGAAAAUUUAUGGCGAUAAUUUUUAAAUUGUAACAGUAUAAAUUCUAAUACUAAGACAAUUAAGCUUUUAAUAUAAAUUUAACUAGAAGUGAUGGACAGUUUUAUCAAAAGUUUUUAAUAUUUUAGCUAACUACCUUUUUGAUAAAGACCCUUACUAAGAUGCUUUGUAAUGAUUUUGAUAUACAAGUCAGAUGAAAAUUCAAGUAAGGACAUAGUUGAUGUUGAAAAACUUCGGCAGCGCUGUAAUAAAUUGACGAAGAUAAUGAAAUAUGAUCGUAAACGCAAAGCAGUGAUUUGUUUUCGUAAAUCCUUAAAAGUAAUUAUAAUUUUUAUAGGCCUCAACCUAUGUCGCACGCUUGCGUACGCAUAAAUUUUUUAUUUUCUUUUUGCAAAAUUUUGUAAAUUUAAUUCAAGAGAUACAUGCAUCAACGUUUUAAGACGGAAGGGCAGUCAACAUGUGACUUUUUCUUUGCCAAACGGAGUCGACUAGAUCCGGAUGAUUAUCGCUCGUUAUGCAAAACCUCUUUUUUCGUCGAGAUAAAUAUGAUAUCAUAAUAACGCAUACGUCACGUUGCUUUCAUGUUUAACAGACAGCUAUAAGCCCUGUCAAGCCCCGCCCUGCCCCCAGUGACAACUCACUCAAAGUAAGUACCGCCUCGUGCCCAAAGGGAGCAUGCGCAGUCAAACAUGCGCAGUCGAACGAGCGCACAGUAUACAUAUACAAAUCUAACAUGUUAAUCAGCUGAAAUUCGGUGCAAACUGACAUGUUUUCUUUUCUAACUCGUAUGAAUUUUUAACUUAUCGUGGCCCCAAUGUAAUUAUAAAGUUGAGAAAGAAUUGCUCUAACUGUGAUCCUAGAUAAUGAAAAAACGUUCUUCUUUUCUUCUUUAAAGAGAUUAUUGAGGAGGAAUGUAUUUUCAGUUGAACCCUCAGUUUUGUUGCACAGUAGUUUUAAUUUUCCUCAGUAACAUAAUUGAAUUGUCAGGGCAAUUUGCACUGAAUUUUAGCUAUAACACGAGUAUAUUUACACCAUUGUCAAAAGUGGUCUUAGUGUGUUCUUUUAGGAGUGAAGAAGCUUGCCUUCAACACAGAAUAAUUCUCCUGCGUUUCAGGAAAACAGACAUAAAGACAGUUUGUUUUUUCGUGAUUUGAUUAUUGUCUUUAUUCUUUUCUUUUCUCGUUUUCUCCUUCAGCCCCAGUUCCGUGGGACAUUGAAACCAGCAGAUAACUUCGAUGCCUUAAAAGACGCAGAAGCUUUGAGGAAAGCCAUGCAGGGCUCUGGUGAGGGACAUGGCUUACGUAUAAAAAUAUACAAAAAUAUAUUUUAAAAAACCUUUUUUUCAAAAUCGCGGUUGAGACUUUACACUAGUAGUUAAUGAAACAUCCUGUAGUUGACAAUCCUGUAGAGAGAGAGAGGGGGAGGGAGAGAGGGGGGGAGAGAGGGGGGUGAAGGGGGAAACAGCCGUUAAGGUAGCUACAUAGGAGGACAGGAAUAUCUUUUGUCGCAAGAUCACCAUGGCAACUUUGCUGCAGCCUUCUCCUAAGCACCCCUGCCAACAGAACACCAAUAACUUGAAGUUUUCAGGAGGCGUCUGGACAACUAUGUUUCUUGUCGCUUUUACAAUUGUUUUUCCUUGAGAUCGAUUUUUAAUUUAUUUUUGUCGCCACUAGGAGAAAAUGUUUUUGUUGGUAAAGUUGCCUGGGCAAUGCUAGCUUAUCUUCCAAAGAUUUUGUGACUCAGUUGAAAUCAUGUGUGUCACGCAAUCCUUCACUCUUUUCCUUACGUUAUGUGUUCAAUCAACAGGAAGUGACAAAGACGCAAUUGUGGCCAUUCUUGGAGCUCGGUCAAAUAAACAGAGACAAGAGAUUGCGGCCAAGUACCAGCAGAAGUACAACAAGGUAAAUCUUAAAAGCGAUCACAGCUAGAGGUUGAUAAAACAGCUCUAAACAAAUCUUUGUCUUUUGUUGUCGUUAGCGAUAGAAUAAUAUCAAAGCGAAAUUUCAAGGCUCUAGAUGUGCCACGGAUGUGCGAGAUCUUUCAGUUUAAAUCCAAAAAUAAAGCUAUAAAUUGCUAUUCCCAAGCAUUCUUCCCAUAGUUCGUUGGGGUUCCACUGCAUGUCACUUUCAGUAUCACUUUUCGGCGGAAUUUGAUCAUUUUGUAAUUUUAACCGUUUAACUCCAACAAGUGAGUAGCAUGUAAUUUCCUCGCAUAGUUUCACCCCUGAAUAUAACAUUUAGGUCAUGAGAAUAAAGGGAAGUCGUCAGCAACUGAAGGAGCUCUUGAUUGUUGAACAAAUUCUCCCUGCUCUUGUCGUAAAAAGGGGCCGAAAACAGUAUGGAGAAUUUGCAUACUUUGUUUGGGUGUAAAGGGUUCAAUCAUCGUGAGACUCCAGAACAGCCAGAGUUAAAGUUAUCCUAAGAAGUUGCCUUGAAUCCUUGCUUACGCGUGGUGUCUUCUUUUUCUUCUAAAUGUUUUACAUAGAACCUCACGGAUGACUUGAAAUCAGAACUGAGUGGAAAGUUCCAGGAUGCAGCAGUCGCUUUGAUGGCCGUUCCAGAAAAUUACGAUGCAGUUUCUCUUCAUGACGCCAUGUCGGUAAGUCGUGGACCUCUCAGCUGUUUUCCGCUUUAUCUGCUCAUAUUUAAUCAUGGUUGGUGUUUGUUUCUUAGGGACUUGGAACUGAUGAACAGGUCCUCAUAGAAAUUUUAAGUUCACGGACUUACGAGGUGAGUGCAGUUUGCUGCGGAAAAAGUUCAUCGUUGUAGUCAUGGUUGUUUCAGUGGCGUGAAAAUUAUUCACUGCUUUCAUGGAAUCACAAAUUACCACGCAUGUGUUAACUUUGCAUUGUGCGAUGAAACAAUUAAGCAGUGGAAAAAUUAAUUUCCUAAAAGUUUUUAAAAGACUGGCUUUUCAGCAAAUUACCUUUUGAAACGACUUCUUUUAAGUUUUUGUGCUCAAAAUGGUUUCCUUGAGUCCAAUUUUGUUUUCUCGUGGUAUUAGCCACAUUGCUAAUCACACAGUUGUGUGUUUUAAAGGAGUUUUAGUUGUGUACAAUUCAUCAAAUAAAGUUAAAGCCUGUGUUAUUUUGAAUUUACAGGAACUUCAAGUAAUGAAGUCAGCCUAUACGAAAAGUAAGUUGUAGCAUGUCUCUAUAGCCCCCUCCCCCUCCCACUCCCUCCCAAAUUUUUUUGUGGCCUAUUUGUAAACGCUUUCUUCAUUGGCCUUUCUCCUCUGUAGUUUAUACCGGUAAAGAUGUGCUUAAAAAGAUCAAAGAAGACGCUACUGGGGAGUUCAGGACAACUCUUAUGAACUUGAUAGAGGUAACUGCUGUAAUGCCAUCUGAUUGUGAUUGGACCAGAAUGUAUAAUAUAAGUCAAAAUGCACGUGAUCAGCUCUUGAUCAGUAACAGACUUGGAAACAUUUAGAUAAAUAAAUUUUUUGUAAUAAAAGUUUUGACACUGAUAGUAAUUUUGUAGAUUUAAUGAUGUAUUGCUGUAUUUUAAGUGUUAAGCUUUCGUUGGUUGCCUAGCAGUUCUUGAUGUAUUUUGUCCGACAGAAAAAUCGAGAUAGCAACGAAAAGGUAAAGGAGGACCUGGCUAAGACGGAUGCCAAGAAACUCUUUGAGGUGCGUUUUUGUUUUGAUUUAAUUUUUUCUUAUUUUGUAUCAUUAUCUUUUCAUGUAUUGACUCAUUUAUCUAUUUUAGCGGAGCUCGCAGAGCGUAGCCCCAUAAUUAUACAAAAUAGUAGUUACCCAUCAAGCCGAAAAAAUUUGGAUGUACGACCGUACGACCGUACAAGGUGCUACUUUUGACAUGCGUGGUCAACUGUACCGCGGGCACGCCAACGCCACUGCUUUGUUCAGUAGUCCAUUGGUCAGUGCACUGGGUUCCGAGUCGGACGACUCGGGUUCUAGUCCUGGCCGGGGCAAGGCGUUGUGCCCUAGAGACGUGCGGGGAAAAAAAUGCGAGCUCCGCUUUUAGGCUUGGCUAAAUCCAUAUAUUAUUAUUUCCCCAUUUUCAAGCGUUCUGUUACAUUGAUAAAAAGACCUUUUUCGGGCGUUGGUUCACUUUGCUCCGUGAUUCAUCGAGAAAACUCUGGUCCACUUCAACGCGUUCUGUACUGGUUGAUCAUUAGAAAAAAAUAAGGAACAGAAACAGGACGUGAAUGGUGGCUUGUUGGUACAAUCUUUUAGUUGAUUUUUUUUUUCAGGCAGGGCAAGGCAAAAAGGGAACAGACAAAGCAGUAUUUGUCGAAGUCCUUACAAGCAGAAAUUAUGCGCAACUGCGAGCCACCUUAGACGCCUACAAAACUGUAAGUUUCCAUGAGUGAAUUAAUCAACUGGAUCUUUUGCUUUUAAGAUCAGAAAGUUACUUCUCAUGCCUGAAUACUUUGACUGGAAAUAUAGUUCAAGUAGAAGUCAUUUUCCUUCGUUGAAAAUUAUUUUAAUUCUUUCUUUCAACUUGAUGAUUUAUCAAAAUGGUGUGGAUAACUUUGAUCUCUGAUCACCUCUUGAAGGCAAAAGGAUCGUUAAAUGGAAAUGGGGAAGAAAUCCAAGUUUGGAAAUCAUGGUGUGAAGCAAUUGUCAAGUUUGGUUGUUUGCUUGUUUUAUUUUACUGUAACUGAAUGUUUUACUUAUGUUGGCAGUUGGCCAAAAGUGAUCUCAUGGAUUACAUCAACGAGUACCUUAAAGGAGAUUUGCAGAAUGUCUUGAGGGCGAUAGGUAAGUAACAAAGAACUUGUACUGUGUACUGUGUACUGUGUACUGUGUUUAAUAACGAGUACACCACAUUUCCGGAUAAAAGUUUUCGUCCAGUCGAUCACUUUUUUAAAUAUUCCCCAAUGUUUCGAGCUGGUUGUAAAAGAGAGUUAUUUUACCUCCUCUCUCAUUUUUUCAACGGUGCUCCCUUUGGAUCGACGAUGAAGUGAAAACGCUCACUUUUAACAUGGCUCUUACACUGUUUACACUAUGUAACCUACUUUGUACGCAAAUAUUGACUGAGAUUGAUUUAAUUCUCAGUUCGAUGCGCUCAGGAUCCAGCUCUGUUCUUCGCUGAGGUGUUGGAAAAGGCGCUGGACAAAGGAAACAGUAAAAUUACUACACGUGUGCUGGUGACAAGAUCAGAGGUAAGUUUGAAGUUUCAUUAGAGUGUCUAAAGUAAUCCUAAAUUAAGUUUUGUUUCACCUGGCUCUCUUUUCUUUUUUUGAAAACCCCCAUCACCUUCUCAACUAAUCAGAUGUAAAAUGAAAACCAAUUGUAGCUUUGUCACCAACGAUUUCCUGUUCUUAAGUUCACACGUAUUCAUAUGAGUUCUCAUCAGUUCGUUAUGGUAUUUCCCCUAGAUUUGAUUGGCCAUGGUGAUUAGUUUGUUAUGCGUCGUGUUUGGAAAAAUUCGAGCUCCGCACGGAGACUCGAACCACACGAAUGCAAAGAGUGUUUCACCGUUUUUCUUUAUUCAACGAUCGAGCUCAGAGGUUCGAAAUUAGAUCUCUCCUGGGUGACUGGGAUUUUUUCCCUUAUUCCUCCUCGUCGUGGCAAACGUGUGAGGAUAUUUUUUCUCGUUCCAAUGGAAACGGAAAGACAAUAACUAGAGUUUUCUCCUUUGUCAUUUCAGAUUGAUCUGGCUGAUAUCAAGACUCAGUACGAAAAGAAGACCGGACAACUUCUGAAAGAUGUUGUAGCGAAGAAAAUGAAAGGAGACCUCGAGAAAAUUCUUCUACAACUUCUGGGCAAUUGACGAAAGAGCAAGGGGAAUUAAGACGGGUUACACCCGUUGUUCAUCUAGCCUUAGUUAAAAUUGUCUAAAAUUUAAAUUUGAAAAUGGAAUUUUGUUGUUCGUUUGGGUUCCUUGUGAUGCAUCAUUGUUACGCACUGCGGUUUUCGUUUCGUCCAAUCCUUGCAAGCGCUCGGUCAUGUUGAACCGUGAGCAUGUCAGGGAGAUUGAGACAGGUUUUACAAUAUUUCUGUGUACGUGUCAUUUUAGUGCGAGCAGAUUGCAACACAAGGAAUCCAAUGUAAUUGAAACUUCAAAACACGUCUUAUCAUACAAAAUAACAAUAUUACAUCUUGCUCCGGACGAAUCUUCGGUGCUCGAAAUAUUUUUUGAAUUUCGCCUCUUACAUAAGUUAGGCUUUGUACUAAAUUAUAUAUAAAGCAAAUUGUCUUUUAGGGCACAACCCCCAAGGAAAAGCGCAGACGUUAAUUGUAAUGAAUUUGACCCCUUCUUUAAUUGAUUAAUUACUAAAAAGGCGGAUUAGUGGAGAAUUAAUAUAAAAUACUCAAACCAGAAUUAAUUUGCGUUAUUUCCUGAGCGUUAAAGUCGCGUAUCGUUUGAAAUUCAAAAGAAAUUUAGACAUUUUAUUUUGAUUCAAUUGUUAGUGUCAUGGUAGCUUUAGAAAAUUGGUGUGAUUGCAGUGAACAUUGUUGUUGGUGGCUGCAAAGAUCGGGUGAUAUUUAUUCUUCUUUUGCUGUUUUAACAACCAGCUUUGUUGGACAGAAACGGUUUACACUGUGUAGAUAGUAAGCACAAUUCGAAAACUUGAAAGCCAGUUCUGAAGGGAGUUCCUCUGAGCUGCUGUAGAUUCAGUUGAAAAUUUUGUAGAGUACUGAAUAAAACUUUCGUAUUUCUGCCCCACUUAGAAACACUUCACCGAAUCGAUAGUUACCGUUCCUAGGAAUGAUCACUGCCUAAAUUUUUCCAUACAAUUUCUAAUAAACCCUCCAACAGACAGGCAGCAAGAGGCAAGGCAAUUAUAAAUUGUGGGUUAUUGCCCGGAUACAACAUCAAAUAAUAAGGAGAAGUUGAAGUUCUUUGAGGAUGCAGACGACGCCUCCUGGUGAUAUGCCAUCGUCACAAGUUUUAGGGAUUUCCGAAGUAGACAUGAAAACUUCAAGACUGGACGGAUUUAAAUUGGAGUAUUCGUGGUGCUUGUUGAGGGUUUUUUUCAAAAGUGGUUCGCGUCUUCCCUUGCUUGAUUUAAAACAGACAUACUACGCGAUGUAGUAAAAAUUAACUCGGUGGAGACUAGUAAUGUCUCGAAGAGUUUGGUUUGUAGUAGAUAAGUUUAGAGUUGUCAAGAAAUAAAGCACCAACGGUGAGAUUGUGUUGUUGAGCUCAACAUCACUACGUGUCUUCGCUACGAUCAAGGGUGGGGAUCACGAAGAUCCGGCGUAAUGUUGGUGUCUCUUUGGGACUAAAGAAAGCCUGAACCACACCUAUAUAGAUUCUUAACGAACCUUCGGGGAGUCCAC